AUGGAUUUCCAUAAUUUGUGCUGCUGGCCAAAUGCAAAUUUCACUGUCAAACCGGACAAGGCUUGUGGUGGGAUAUACAUAUUUGAAUGUUUAAAAGUGCUUGUAUCAACAGGUUAUCUCCUCCUCCUGUAUACAGCAUUUUACAUUGCAAAAUCAGGAGCUGCUGUGAGACCUGUGGUUUCCUUCUCCCCAAACUGGAACCCAAUAUUCCCAGGAGAACCUGUAACUCUGACCUGUAAUGUGAUUCCUACUGCCCAAGGAAACUUGGGAUAUUCCUGGUACAGGGGUGGACACCGGAUACCUGGGGAUCAGCAGAGUCUUGUCAUUGAGUCUGUCAGAGAGAUAGACAGUGGAGUUUACCAGUGCCAGGCUGGUGUCAGUGAAAGAAGUGACUCUGCUAGACUGGAUCUUUAUUACGGUGAGUGCUCAUCUGAAAGGAUGACAAAAAAUACCCUUUUUGGAAAGGGAAGGUUCAAUUAAAACUACAGGGUUCAAUAGAAUACCUCUUCUUUAGCAAACACAACCUUAUUAUUAGUGAUGGGCAAA